AUGGCAACGGUGAACACAGAUGCCACAGAUAAAGACAUAUCCAAGUUCAAGGUCACCUUCACUUUGGUGGUCUCCGGAAUAGAGUGCAUCACUGGCAUCCUUGGGAGUGGCUUCAUCACGGCCAUCUAUGGGGCUGAGUGGGCCAGGGGCAAAACACUCCCCACUGGUGACCGCAUUAUGUUGAUGCUGAGCUUUUCCAGGCUCUCGCUACAGAUUUGGAUGAUGCUGGAGAACAUUUUCAGUCUGCUAUUCCGAAUUGUUUAUAACCAAAACUCAGUGUAUAUCCUCUUCAAAGUCAUCACUGUCUUUCUGAACCAUUCCAAUCUCUGGUUUGCUGCCUGGCUCAAAGUCUUCUAUUGUCUUAGAAUUGCAAACUUCAAUCAUCCUUUGUUCUUCCUGAUGAAGAGGAAAAUCAUAGUGCUGAUGCCUUGGCUUCUCAGGCUGUCAGUGUUGGUUUCCUUAAGCUUCAGCUUUCCUCUCUCGAGAGAUGUCUUCAAUGUGUAUGUGAAUAGCUCCAUUCCUAUCCCCUCCUCCAACUCCACGGAGAAGAAGUACUUCUCUGAGACCAAUAUGGUCAACCUGGUAUUUUUCUAUAACAUGGGGAUCUUCGUUCCUCUGAUCAUGUUCAUUCUGGCAGCCACCCUGCUGAUCCUCUCUCUCAAGAGACACACCCUACACAUGGGAAGCAAUGCCACAGGGUCCAGGGACCCCAGCAUGAAGGCUCACAUAGGGGCCAUCAAAGCCACCAGCUACUUUCUCAUCCUCUACAUUUUCAAUGCAAUUGCUCUAUUUCUUUCCAUGUCCAACAUCUUUGACACUUACAGUUCCUGGAAUAUUUUGUGCAAGAUCAUCAUGGCUGCCUACCCUGCCGGCCACUCAGUACAACUGAUCUUGGGCAACCCUGGGCUGAGAAGAGCCUGGAAGCGGUUUCAGCACCAAGUUCCUCUUUACCUAAAAGGGCAGACUCUGUGA